AUGGGCAUGAAAAGUAGCAAAGCCGAUGUGCCUGAUGACCUCUCAAUAGAAGAGAGAGAAGAACUUUUAAACAUUCGUCGAAGGAAAAAAGAACUUAUUGAUGAUAUAGAGAGGCUAAAAUUUGAAAUUGCAGAAGUGAUGACAGAGAUCGAUAACCUAACAUGUGUUGAGGAGAGCAAAACUACCCAGAGGAAUAAGCAGAUAGCUAUGGGAAGAAAGAAAUUCAACAUGGAUCCUAAAAAGGGAAUUCAGUUUCUUAUAGAAAAUGACUUGCUGCAGAGUACCCCAGAAGACAUAGCUCAGUUCCUUUAUAAAGGAGAAGGCCUAAAUAAAACUGUAAUUGGGGACUAUCUUGGUGAAAGAGAUGAAUUUAAUAUUAAAGUUCUUCAAGCUUUUGUUGAACUCCAUGAGUUUGCUGAUCUCAACCUUGUACAAGCUUUAAGGCAGUUCCUGUGGAGUUUCAGGCUUCCAGGGGAGGCUCAGAAAAUUGAUCGCAUGAUGGAAGCUUUUGCUUCACGCUACUGUCUCUGCAACCCUGGAGUUUUCCAGUCUACAGAUACAUGCUAUGUGUUGUCUUUCGCAAUCAUCAUGCUAAACACCAGCCUCCACAACCACAAUGUGAGAGAUAAACCAACAGUGGAGCGAUUUAUAUCUAUGAACCGAGGCAUUAAUGAGGGUGGAGAUCUCCCUGAAGAAUUAUUGAGGAAUUUAUAUGAAAGUAUUAAAAAUGAGCCAUUUAAGAUUCCGGAAGAUGAUGGAAAUGACUUGACACACACAUUUUUUAAUCCAGAUAGAGAAGGCUGGCUAUUGAAAUUAGGUGGGAGAGUGAAAACGUGGAAGAGACGGUGGUUCAUUUUGACAGAUAAUUGCCUCUAUUAUUUUGAAUACACAACAGAUAAAGAGCCCAGAGGAAUUAUCCCUUUGGAAAACCUUAGCAUCCGAGAAGUAGAAGAUCCCCGGAAACCUAACUGUUUCGAACUUUAUAACCCAAGCCAUAAAGGACAGGUCAUAAAAGCCUGUAAAACAGAGGCUGAUGGGAGAGUGGUAGAAGGCAACCAUGUUGUAUACAGAAUAUCUGCUCCAACCCCAGAAGAGAAGGAAGAGUGGAUCAAAUCAAUCAAAGCAAGUAUCAGCAGGGAUCCCUUUUAUGAUAUGCUGGCAACAAGGAAGAGAAGAAUUGCCAAUAAAAAAUAACACUUUGCUAUUUGAGCAGUGAUUCACCCAAAUUCCAUUUUAAGGGGAGUAUGAAAUCAAGCAUACAAGCAGGUAACAUUUUUUUUAAAAAAUCUAGGGAAAAAAACUGAUCAAAGGGCAUUUAUUCCCACCUCUGCCGUUGGAGUACAGAUGAUGCAGAAAACUUCCUGCAAGAGCUUACUAACCAGGAGACAAGUACUUUAAACAUAAUACUGCAGACGACUUCCCAAGGAGGAAUGUAUGGGAAUUGAAUGAACUAACCAGAAGACAUGGAAGCCUUAUGAAUAUGCUUUGGAUUUUCAAUAACCUGGAGAAAAUAAUCAGGCCAAUAGACAUGAAAUAUUUACCCCUUCCUGCUUAUUGAGCAUAUUGCCCAGGGUGGGAAAUAUUAGGAAAUAUUGUUCUUAUGAUUUUUAGCCAGUCUGAAUUCUUUGUAUAACAAGCCACCAGAACUGGUGUACAUACAGUAUAAUCCAGAACUUGUUUUCUCUAAGUGAAGACCUUCAUGCUAACACAUAUGUACAACACAUAACCAUUAGCGGCAACGCAAGUCAUUCCAAAUUCAAUUGUUUGAUAGAAA